GUUCGUUAUUAAGCCAUAACCUUUUUCUAUAAAUAACGAAGCAACGAGGUAAACGAGAAAAAUUCUGGAUCAGAGAGAGCUUCGAAGCCUGGGAAUUUUCGUUACCCCCUCCCUUCGUUCUUCUCUGAUCUUGAAUUCCAUACCAAAUUCUUGCAUCUCCCGAUUUUGAUUUUAUCAUCACUACUAUGUCGGGAUAACAAAAGCCCCCAAAGUAAAACCCAAUUGCGAAACCAAUCUAGGGUUUCGCGAGUUCGUCUCUGAGUUUGUUUGUGAUCGUGUGAGUAUGUCUCGGUGUUAUCCGUUUCCACCACCUGGUUAUGUUCGGAAAGAAAGUCUGAUCGAAUCGAUCAAGGGGACAAAGGAGGAAGUUAAGAAAGAUAGAAAACACAAGAGGAAGGAAAAAGAGAGAAAGGAGAGGGAAAAUGAGGCGGGUCGAAGUAGGAAGCAUCGGCAUAAGAGACGGCGCAAAGAUGAAGGCGCCAAUGCUAGUGGUAGUGGCAAAUUAAUAAACAGCGAGGUCGAGUUUUUAGAGAAGAGCUGCCAGACAGUGGAGCUUGAGCUGCAAACAUCGUCUCAGACUUCUUGUGAUAGCACUCUUCAUAGCAAUGAGAGACCAAAGCAAAUUCAGAGUCAGUCCCUUGAUGAAACCGGCAUACGGAUCCGCUUACCUGACAAAGGGCAGGAAGAUCCUGAGGAUGAGGUGAUGAUGACCACCAAGGAUCAAAGAUCCCGGGAAAUGUUGGAUGCUUCUCUGGCUGCUGCCCCUAAAGAGUCUGUUGGUCAUCUUUAUUCGACUCCACGAGAUGCUUUUAGGGUCUGUCAAGAGAAAGUAAGAGAUCCAGCCAGAGAAAAAAUAACAAAACUCGGCAAAGAGAAGAAACCAAUUCAUCCGAAAGAUAACAGAAAAAUCAGUAAAGAGAAGAAGAUUCCAUCAUCAUCUUCAUGUACUCCUCUGGAACAAGAGAAACCAUCCUCUAGUCAUCAAGAAACCAUUGGAUCUUCAAAGCUAUUAUGCAGGAAAUGCCCUCCUUCUAUGGCCGGGCAACUCUUGAAUCUUAUCGAGGACUGGGCUCCUGAUCGGGCUGAGAGCAAGCUCACAGACUCUGAAGAUCAAGAAUGGUGGUUGUUCAUCAAGUUUGGAGCCAAAAGGCAACAAGUUAGCAAUCAGAAAACCAACCAGGGAAGUAGUUUGAUGGUGUGGCCAACUGCUAGAUUUCUUCCGGAAGCCGAAGUACACGCAUUGCCAUUCACUGUCCCAUUCUGAUUUCAACAAAGUUGGUCGAGAGAGAGUGGUUAACAUGACCAACAUAUGGUUUUCCUAUGUAUUUUAGAUAGCCCUUAAAACUUAAAACUCAGAAUAUAAAUGUGUGAUUCUUUGUAGAUGUACUGGUAAUAUAGUAAAUCAUUAAUUACACGAGAAUGGUAAA